GAGUUGUCAGAGGUGGUGUGGCGCGUCGCGGGCUGCCGUGUGUUUUGUGAACUGGCAUGAGUGAGUCAUUGUGGCAGAUGUGAAGCUCUCCUGUGGUGUGAUAGGGUGCUAGAAAUAUUACUCGAAUUUUGAGAGAGAGCGGAUUCCGACAUUCCAGGGGAACUUGAUGCUCAUUCAUCUGCGAGAUCAAGAUCUUUCAUUUCGCAUGUUAUGAUAAUGCUGGGAGUGAGAGCUUAGACGUGAGAAGAAAGCAGCGAUCACUCUUUGCGGAGCACAAGGGAAGAUCCAUCAACCUUAUUCAAAAUGGCGGGCAAUGUGGGCAUGGAACAUUUGAUUGGGAUUGUCAAUCAGCUGCAGGAUGCAUUUGCACAAAUGGGUGUGUCAAUGGAGCUGGACUUACCACAGAUUGCAGUUGUUGGUGGACAGAGUGCUGGAAAGUCUUCUGUAUUGGAAAACUUUGUUGGACAGGACUUCCUUCCCCGUGGAUCUGGUAUAGUCACAAGACGUCCACUUGUGCUGCAGCUUCUGCACAGUCCGACUGAGUAUGGAGAGUUUCUUCACUGCAAAGGACAAGUGUUUGCAAACUUUGAUGACAUCCGGAAAGAGAUUGAGGCUGAGACUGAUCGGCUGACUGGAUCCAACAAGGGUAUCAGUCCAGUGCCCAUCAACCUCAGAGUAUAUUCACCCCAUGUUUUGAACCUGACAUUGGUGGAUCUGCCAGGCAUGACAAGAGUUCCUGUGGGUGACCAGCCCAAGGACAUUGAGGAGCAGAUCCGAAACAUGCUCAUGCAGUUUAUCUCAAAGCCAAACUGCCUCAUUUUGGCAGUCACUCCUGCAAACCAAGACUUGGCAAUAAGUGAUGCAUUAAAGAUGGCAAAGGAGGUGGAUCCUGAUGGGAUGCGUACAAUUGGUGUCCUGACCAAAUUGGACCUCAUGGAUGAUGGGACAGAUGCCAAAGACAUCCUGGAAAACAGAACCUAUCCACUGAGGCGUGGCUAUGUGGGUGUUGUCAACCGCAGUCAGAGAGACAUAGAGGGACGCAAAGACAUCAAGGCAGCUCUUGCAGCAGAGAGGAAGUUCUUCCUCAGUCACCCAGCAUACAGGGCGCUUGCUGAUCGUAUGGGUACACCCUACCUGCAGCGGAUUCUGAACCAGCAGCUGUCCAACCACAUCAAAGAGACUCUGCCAGCCCUGCGUGACCGGCUGCAAAAGCAACUGCUCAGCAUGGAGAAGGAAGUAGAGGAGUACAAACACUUCAGACCAGAUGACCCCAGCAUCAAGACCAAGGCAAUGCUGCAGAUGAUCCAACAGUUGCAGGCAGACUUUGAUCGGUCGAUUGAGGGAUCUGGUAAGGGCGAUGGGCGCAUCAACACCAUCGAGCUGUCUGGCGGUGCCAAGAUCAACCGACUCUUUCACGAGCGGUUCCCAUUCGAGAUUGUCAAGAUGGAGUUCGACGAAAAGGAGCUGCGCAAGGAGAUCGCGUUCGCCAUUCGCAACAUCCACGGCAUCCGCGUCGGCCUCUUCACACCGGACAUGGCGUUCGAGGCCAUCGUCAAAAAGCAGAUCGAGCGGCUGAAAGAGCCCAGCAUCAAAUGUGUGGACUUGGUGGUGCAGGAGCUCACCAACGUGGUGCGCGCCUGCACUGACAAGAUGGCGCGCUACCCACGCCUGCGCGACGAGACAGAGCGCAUCGUCUGCACGUUCAUCCGCGAGCGCGAGGCUGAGGUCAAGAAGCAAAUUAUCCUGUUGAUCGACUGCGAGCUAGCCUACAUGAACACCAACCACGAGGACUUCAUCGGCUUCGCCAACGCGCAGUCGCAGACGGAGAAUGCCAACAAAACGGGCCGGAAGCUGGGUAACCAGGUGAUCCGCAAGGGAUUCCUGGGCAUCAGCAACCUGGGUAUCAUGCGCGGCGGCUCGCGCGACUACUGGUUCGUGCUGACGUCGGAGAGCCUCAGUUGGUUCAAGGAUGAGGAGGAGCGCGAUAAGAAGUACAUGCUGCCGCUGGACAACCUGAAGCUGCGCGACGUGGAGAGCGGCUUCAUGUCGCGCCGCUCGGCGUUCGCCAUCUUCUCGCCCGGCGGCAAGAACGUGUACAAGGACCUGAAGCAGCUGGAGCUCAGCUGUGAGAGCACCGAGGAAAUGGACUCGUGGAAGGCGUCGUUCCUGCGCGCCGGCGUCUACCCGGAGAAGGAGACGGCGGCCAACGGCGAGGAUGGCGCGUCGGAGCCGACCGCCUCGCUGGACCCGCAGCUCGAGCGCCAGGUGGAGACUAUCCGCAACCUGGUCGACAGCUACAUGAAGAUCGUGACCAAGACCACCGGCGACCUGGUGCCCAAGACCAUCAUGUACAUGAUGAUCAACCAGAGCAAGACGUUCAUAAUGGGCGAAUUGCUGGCGCACUUGUACGCCAGCGGCGACCAGGCCAGCAUGAUGGAGGAGUCGGCCGAGGAGGCGGCCCGGCGCGAGGAGAUGCUGCGCAUGUACCACGCCUGCAAAGAGGCGCUGCGCAUCAUCAGCAGCGCGUCCAUGGCCUGCUCGGCGGCGCCCACCUCGGCUGCCGUCAGCAUGGACUGGGUCAAUGCCACCAGCAGCGGCCCGUCGCCGGCGGCGGCGCGGCGGGGCCCGCCGGUGCCGGCCGCCAGCCGGCCGCCGCCGGUGCCGGCCUCCAGCCGGCCGGCGCCGGCCGUGCCGUCGCGGCCGGGCGGCCGCCAGGGCCUGCCGCCGCCGUUGCAGCCG